GGGGCCCCCUGCUCCAGCCAGAACCAGGGCCAAGAUGGACAGACGGCGCUUCACCUCCUCUGCCCGCCGCUCCUAUGCCUCUGAGGUUGUGGUACGCUUCCCGGGCGCCCGCCGCCUGGCUCCAGUUGUCCGGCUGUCCCCAAGCAAAAUGCCACCUCCAGUUCCUACCCGAGUUGACUUCUCAGUGGCUGAGGCACUCAAUGCCAGCUUCAAAGAAACACGGUCCAGUGAACGGGCUGAGAUGAUGGAGCUCAAUGACCGCUUUGCCAGCUACAUCGAGAAGGUUCGUUUUCUGGAGCAACAGAACAAAGUUCUGGCAGGGGAGCUCAACCAGCUUCGGGGCAAAGAGCCCACCAAGCUUGCCGAUGUCUACCAGGCUGAGUUGCAUCGGCUCCGGUUUCAGCUGGACCAGCUGACUGCAAGCAGUGCCCGGCUAGAGAUCGAGAGGGAUAACCUGGCUGAAGAUCUGGCCACCCUGAGACAGAAGCUCCAGGAUGAAACCAACCUCCGGCAGGAGGCAGAGAACAACCUAACAGCUUAUAGACAGGAGGCUGAUGAAGCUGCUCUGGCCCGCCUGGAUCUGGAACGGAAGGUUGAGUCUCUGCAGGAAGAGAUCCGCUUUCUCAGGAAGAUUCAUGAAGAAGAGCUUCGAGAGCUACAGGAACAACUUUCCCAGCAUCAGGUCCACGUGGAACUUGACGUGGCCAAGCCAGACCUCACUGCUGCCCUGCGUGAGAUCAGAACCCAGUACGAGGCUGUGGCCUCCAGUAACAUGCAGGAGACUGAGGAGUGGUACCGGUCCAAGUUUGCAGACUUGACAGAUGCUGCCGCCCGGAACGUGGAGUUGCUACGCCAGGCCAAGCACGAGGCCAACGAAUACCGUCGACAGCUGCAGUCACUGACCUGUGACCUGGAGUCCCUCCGCGGCACUAACGAAUCCCUGGAGAGGCAGAUGCGGGAGCUGGAGGAGCGGCAUGCCAGGGAGGCAGCUGGCUACCAGGAAGCACUGGUGAGGCUGGAGGAGGAUGGGCAGAGCCUCAAGGAUGAGAUGGCCCGGCACCUGCAGGAGUACCAGGAGCUGCUCAAUGUCAAGUUGGCCCUAGACAUUGAAAUUGCCACUUACAGGAAGCUGCUGGAAGGGGAAGAAAGCCGCAUCACCAUUCCAGUCCAGACAUUCUCCAAUCUGCAGAUCAGAGAGACCAGUCUGGACACCAAGUCUGUGUCAGAGGGGCAUCUCAAGAGGAGCAUUGUCGUAAAGACUGUCGAGAUGCGUGACGGAGAGGUCAUUAAGGAGUCUACGCAGGAGCACAAAGAUGUGUGAAGAGGGGCACACCCAGAAGCCCCUACAACAGGAGGCAGAGUAGCUGCCUUGGUUCCUAAGUGAGAAGCUGUAGGGUAGGCGAUUUAUCCAGAUGCAAGUCCCAUAGUAUGCCUCCUCCUCUCCCCAACCCCCGGUCCCUCAGCCAGCUUUGUUUGUUUAGGCCCCAUCAGUAUCAGGGCUGAUGCUACACUUGUCACAGUUCCUCCACUUCCCCAGUCCCCUCUCCUACUGACUGGACAGGAUGAGCCUCUAGUGUUUGUAUUUCUGGGACUAAUCAUAAGGCGAUGAUGUUAGAGAUGCUUAGAAAUCAGUUCGGUUUAGGCUAGUAGGGAGAGAUGGAAGCAGAGGGGAGAACAUUGCUGGAGGUUGCUCCCCCUUGACCCUCCCCACAUCCUUGUUUCUAUGGCAACUAUUGCCAGGGCACCAGGAAGCCCAGAGCUGUCAUUCCUAGACUAGGGGAAGGGAAGGGUGUUGGAGCUUGUGGGGAUGGGAGUGGGGGAUUGUCUGGGCCCCUUAGAAAAAAUAAGACUUAGUGAGGUGAAAGCAGGGCCCCUCAGGACAAGGGAAGAGGCUGAUCUCCUGUCUCUGGCCCUGACCUGGGAGAGGCUGGGGACCUUCAUGGAGGUAGUUAUUACUCAGUUAUUAAUCAUUAUAACUCACUUAUAUAACUCAUAUAUAUAUUUAUAUUCAAGGUUUACUAUUCACUCUUGCUUACAAUGAGUCUGUGAGGUAGGCAGAACCAUUAUCCCAAUUUUAAAGAAGAGUAAACUUAGGGUCAGAGGGCCUGAGUUCACACAGCUAGCUUUAGAAUCAGGAUCUGAACCCAGGUCUCUUGACUCCAAAUCCAAUGCUCUCUUCCUUUGUCUUCUGAGUUCCAGGAGAAUAAAAUACCCCAGUUGGCUUCCAGUUGACUUCGUUGUUAACACAGCAUAUGGUCACUUGUUACUCAUAGGUCUUAGGAUCAUAGAUGCCCAGAGAAUCAGCACUGCGAUACUCCCCCCCUACACUCUACCUCCACCCCCACCACCCCAGAUGUGGUUGCAGCAGAAUCAUUUAUGGGGAUUAAGGUCUGGAAAGUGUUUAUACUUGGAGAAAGCCAUUUGGAGUUCCAUUCUUAGAGCUUCAAAUUGGGAGGGAGGGAGAGGAGGCAGAGUAUUUUUUGGUGCAGGAAAGUCUCUGGUGGAUGUGGAGGGAGAAAAGGGAUCAGAGGUGGGGAGGGAACAGAGAGAGUUGUACAGAUAAUUCCUAGUUUGGGUCAGGAAGGGCCUGAAGAAGUUCAAAUGGAGACUUGAGAUUCUGACGUGCAAGAAGCCCGGGGGUGGAAACCUAGUUCAAUCAAUCUGUCUCUCCUUCUCCCCCUUUCCUCAGUUGGAGCUAAGUGAACAGAUCACAGAUCAGAAUUCCCCUCAAGGUUCACUAGUUGCUUCAUUUGGCCUCUGGAUCACGGCAAUUAAGAAGUUAACAUCCUCUUCCCCAUGCCAGAUUCUGUUGGGGAAAGUACAGCUAGAGAGACCACCAAGCUUAGGGGAUCAUGUAGUCUAUUUCCAAGGCCUCUUUCUUGACCAGUCAAGGCCUCACAGUCCUUUUUAUACCAUCCCACCUCCACAGCCCUUCACCUUCCCCCAUCUUUUUCCAUUUUUUUCUGUAUAAAAUGGAUUCUGAUCUUGACUUCCCCUCCCUUCUCUCCCUCUCAUAAAUUGAACUAAGAGGGUAUAUAAUUUCCAAUUUCCUGGUAUAAGUUUAAGCUUUAGGCUCUCAAACCAAACUUAGUAGAGUGUUCCUUUUCCCCAAUAAUUCCCCUGGCCCAGAAACAGCCAUGGUUGGUACUGUGGGGGGCUUCCUACACACUGCAGAGGCUGCUUGGAUGAUAGCAAUACCUAUCUUCUGUCCCUCUCUCACACAUUGCUGACUAGCUGUAUUUCUAACGUGUUGAUGAUCUUCUGUAGCAACUCCCUCCCUCUCUUGCUCCCACCACACACGUCAGCCUAGGCUCCAUUUUUAAAAAUGGGAAAACUAAGGAGUAGAAUCAGGGGAAGAGAUUAGGCUGAAUAGGCUUAGAUUUAAAAGCAGCGCUUGGCCCGGUGUGUGUCCUUGGCAUUCUGUAGAAGGCUUUGCUGGGUAUAGGGUUGGUAGUGCAGCAAUAUGUGGAGCCUAAAAAGUGAUCUGGGGGCAUUUGUUUCAAGACCCCCACUUCACACCAACAGGCCAGACCUUGGAAGAUAAUGGAGAACCUUUCCUCUCUCUCAAGCUUCCUUCGACCAUGCCUUUUCCUUAGCUCUGUCACUUCACUGCUUCGCCAUUGCUGACUUUAAUCUAGUCAGUUGCAGAGGAUAAAUAAUAAAGUGUGAUCUGCA